AGCACAAUCGAUCUGCUCACACGAUCAGCACCAAGAUUUGCUGUUCCUAGACCCAAGAAGCUGCACUUGCAUCUGUUUCUAGCGCUCCCCGAAAUGGCAAUGCCGUCGCUCAGCCUCGACGGCAACGUGCCAGACGACAUCCUGUUCUCCAUCUUUUCCUUCCUGCCCAUACCGGAUCUGGUCCGGUGUGCCACCGUGUGCAGGCGGUGGCGUAGAAUCGUGUCGGAGUAUUCCCACGUAUGGAAGGGGAAGAGGUACGUCAGCAACAGAAGUCCGAGGGAAUCGACCGAGGUGUGCGCCGUCUUGUGCAUCGUGCCGCUGUUGCAAGAACUCGAUGUCAAAGUGACCAAAAUGUUUGAGGUGAAAAUUAUCUACCCACAGUUGUUUUUGUCAGUAACAAACGUCUGUGACCUGAGAGCUGUGCGGGACUGCCAGAGAGUGGGGUGUACGUAUCUAUCGACCGAUCUCAACGUCGCAGAGGUCAUCUUCUCUUCACAGUCGCUUAUCGAUUUCACUGCCCUCCGGAAGCUGCAGAUCGUCGGAGGGAAUCCGACGCUGACACCUUUCAAGCCGGACACCAGGGCGGAAUGCGCCGUCGGCUCUGCCCUCGAGCUGUGCCCGAAUCUCAGAGAGCUGAACAUUAACGUGGAGGCCCUGUCGGGAGACUACGUGGACUGUUUGGAAGGGGUCAGCCGGCUGCAGACUCUCAGAAUCAACUGCCGCGGCCUGGAGGAACUGACAUUCCUGCGGCACUGCUCGGACGCGCUGGAGGAACUGGAACUGGAAAGUUGCGACGACUUGCCGCCGGCUGCGUACUCGGAGCUGCGGCACCUCGGCAACGUGAAGAAGUUGCGGCUGUGCGACUGCCGUGCGGAGGGAGAGGCCCUGGAAGUGGCCGCGGGGGGCCUGAGGUCCCUCGUGUCGCUGCAGCUGGACCGCUGCAGGCUGCUCUCGGACCUGUCCUUCCUGCGGCUCUGCAACCAGCUGCGGGAGCUCCGCGUCGAGGCUAAGGACGGGCCGCCGACGGGCCUGCAGUGCCUGCCCGCCGGCGUCCGCUCGCUGUGCCUCGUCGACAACGCCGCGACUGCCGACGAGCUGUCCGACGUGCUGCAGCGGCUGUCACUGCGCGAGGAGCUGAAGCUCUGCAAAGUGGAGCUGGCCCACCUGGGCUUCCUGCGCCACUGCCCCCGGCUGCACCGCCUCUACCUCGAGAACUCGACCUGGCCCGACACGUCGGUGCUGUCGAGCCUGUGCCACCUGACGCGGCUCGAGACGCUGGUCCUGAGGAGGUGCAGGGUCGACGCGGACGUGCUCUCCCAGACGGUGUCAUCGCUGCCGCAGCUUCACACUCUGUCGCUGGCCUACGUGGAGGACGUCACCCACUUGCGGUUCCUCAGGCACUGCCCGCAGCUUCACACCUUGUCGCUUUUCUGCGUCUUCGGGCUGGACUCGAAUGCUUACUGGGAACUGUGCCACCUGAACAACCUGGAGCAGUUGUGUGUCAGUGUGUUAGUGCGCGACGUCGUCAGUGAUAUCAUCCGACCGUGUCUGCCCCGAGUGAAAAUUUAUUGCUCGGAACAGUUUAUAUAAACUUCUGCUAAACGAGCUUUUCUGAGCUGAGAACAAAUGUUGUGCUGUGGAGCGGUGUGCGUGCCAUUUCCGAUCUUAUUGGCAGAUUAAAACUCUGUGCCGCACUGGGACUCCAAAAGUGCACCACACCUUUUGUGAUGAGAGAGAGCGUACCGACUCGAGUCUCCUGUUAAGACUGGCAACCGGCCCUCACAACUCUCCUUCACCGAAGAUCCCUAGCGUACCUUGCCGGAUCGACGCCUUUGGGAAAAAGGAUAUUGUGGGGAUACCAUUUCUAAAAUGAAUCUCUAUUGCAGAGUAAAUGUUUAACGUUGGAAACUACCACUAGGCUGUGGCUAAGACAUUUUUCAGAAGUGCUUGUCCUGUGAUAUAUGCAGAGGAACUUCUGUGAAGUUUAGACAGUAGGGGAAGAAGACGGCUGUGAGCAGGUCGCGAGUCGUGACUGGAGAACUGACUUGGGAAGAGAGUUGUUCACGACCGGUGAGGUUCUCUGGUCAAGUCCCGGUACAGAACAAAGUCUUAAUCUGCCAAGAACUAUCUCUGCAAGUGAUGUCUGAAAGAAUUCUCAUUAAAUAUCUGACCCUCCCCCUGGUGUAAUCUGUCUCAUUUAUGGAUACUGUACACAUGUAAAUUUUUUAAUUUUUUUUAUUUUUUUUAUUUUUUGCCAGAUAUCUUGGCUCAAGAUUUCCGUUCCUCCAUUGUGGUGCCCUGUGUCAGCCUAAAAACUUACUCUGUUUCUUUUUAGUACAUAUAUUAAUUGCCCAUUAUGUUCACAUUCCAUUUGGCAUAUUUUUUUAAAAAAAUAUUGUCUAAGGUAGUUUUAAAAAAGGCUAAAAUUAAGAGACAGAUACUCAGUCAUUUAGUCAUAAGGUACAUUUCGCUCUCUUAAUGCUGCGUCGUACAAACCUUUUUCUUAGCAUGUAGAGGGAUCCACGAGAAAGACAGGUUUGAGACGGUAGUACCUCCUACCUUACAUGGGCCAUCAUAUCACCAUGAGAACUUACUAGUUUCUUUUUAUAUCUCUGCGCAAACAUCGGAAUAAUGAGCUCACUUCCCCUUUUGGUAUUUCACUACUGCCGUGUGACUCCAUUGUAAAUGUAACAAAGUGUUCACUUGUUGCUCUUGUCGUAUGUGUACACUGUUGCAUUCCAGUGUGUUUUAAUCACUUCAUAAAAGCUACGCGAUAUCUGUGUAGUAUACAUCCUGAGAAAUGAAGGAAUAGCUGAUUAGGUAAGAGAAGGAAGUGUGAUGAUGCUAAAAGCUGUAGAGGCAGACCAAUUUCCGACUACAUUGUGCAUUUGUGAGUGGCUAUAGGCUGCAAUAGUUAUGCAGUGGUGGAAAGGCUUGCACAGACUAGACUAGCAAGGACAGCCAGUUUUUGGUCUGGAGACCACAUCAGUAACACUAAGACCACCGCCUCGAAUGCUAUUAACUGAGGAAAUUAAGAACACCUCUGUUCAUUUUCCUUCAAAUUUAUCUUUUGAAUACUUUAUCCGUGGCUAUCACUUUGAUGAGUUUCUUACUAACCUGACAUCAAUAUUCCAAACUAAGAGUGUGUGGACAGCGCUUCUGUGUCAUUUGCCUCAUAUUGAAGUCUUUGUAAGUGAUAUACAGAGUACUUUCCACUUACUAGGUGUGCAGAAGUCGUGGUCAGUGAUUUUCUUAGAAUUACUAAAUCUCGCUUGUGGUUACAGACAGAUCGGUGAUGUAGCUCGAGGCCUAGGUUAGGUUGGAAAGUGGUGGUCUGGUUGUGUGUUGGUCAAGUUAAGAAACUUAAAAAUAUAUAUUAGCCGCUUACAGCACACAAUUGAUGUAACACAUUAUUCUGGUUUCUGAGUAUUUAUUGCUUUAAUAGGAUUGUUAUAACAAAUUCAACAGUACUUUCUCAUGUAUGUUACCAGAAUAGGCCUUUAAAGUCAGCAUAACAAUUUCAAUAACUUAUAAAAUUAUAAACGUGAUGCAAGGGCCUAAAUGAAGUUACACUACUAAUGAUGUAAACAGGUGAAAGAUUUUAUUUGGUAUCAAAAUAUACAUGCCAGUCAACAACACUGUAUUUACAUAAUCUUUGUUGCUCAUUGCCACUACUAUCAUUUCCAUUCAAUCUGCCAUUGGCUUCAGCAUUGUCAGAAGAAAGGAGAUUCUCUUUUGUAACAGCUUUCCUUGAGGUAUAUAAUAGAGGGAAACAUUCCACGUGGAAUGUUUCCCUCUAUUAUAUUCAUAUCAUUAAUUUGAACCCAACAAUUACGUUUCCUUGAGGUAUGUUAGACAGGGUAAUUGAGCGUGGUUGUUUUCCUAGCUUGGCUUUAAAGUCCAGCUUGUGAAAUUCCACUUAUGUUGGAAGAGUUCCCUUGAAGACGAAUUUGAAUGGAUUACACUUUUGGUACCGAAUCCACUGCAUCUUUAGCCAUUACACAGGAUGUUGUUUAGUGUCAUUCUUCCUUUUGGUGAUUGACUUCAACAAGUUUUCCACAGACAAGAAGUCAGUGUUAUUACAGUGGCUUGAAAGGGAUUUUUUUUUUCCUUCACCUGGUAAUAAUAUUUUACCUGUUAUCGGGACAAAAUAUCUGUUGUUUUGCUGUAGUUUCCUAUUGAGGCAAAAUAACCUUCCUAGGGAAGAUAGGAAUGACCACUUGUUAACUUCUCGGUCUAUGACUACGAUGUUAUUUUUAUCACUUAAAACUAGUCUCAUUAAUGUUUUGACUAUUUUCCAAUUCCUGUUCUUCCUUGUACAAGUAUCACGGUACACAGCGUGUUUUGCAGGCAGUGCUCUUAUUUUGACGUAAGCACACAAAUUUCAUUUGUAAUAAGCUACUUGAUGUGAUGCUGAGCUUCUUCAUUCUUACACACACAGAUCCAAUUUGUGGGCUUGUUGAAGCCAUACCUUUUCUUGCUCAUCUGUUGAGUCCUUGAGUCUACCAGCAAAUGCAUCACAAUGUAAGCAAAUGUCCUUGUGAGGUGCAUGAAAAUGCAUGUUGAACUCAUUGUUAAAAGCUCUACAAUAAAUUUGUAACAAUCAUGUUACUGUAAUGUCUUAAUUUAUUUGUUGCUAUUAUGUCAUAUUGGUAAAAGCAUCCAAACACAAGAAACUAUAAAUUUUCAUGUAAAAUAACAACACAAUGAGAAAAUAAACACCACUGACCCACACUGGAUAACUCUGAAUGUGAUGGAAAAGAAUUCAUUGCUGGAGCCAUUAUUAUUCCAGAUAAUUGGUUCCCUGAUAGUGUCUUUAUUACUAUAACUUACGGUGAAUCACACUAAUCACAAAUCAAGUAAUUAAACGAGUAAACUUCUGUAACCGGAACAGCCACACGUUGGAACAUCCGCAUCGAAUUGCGGUGACUCAGAAUGGUAGCAGGCACCUUGGUUUCACUGACAACUACACCACUUCAGGGGACAUGUAGGUGUGUGUGCACCACUGCGGUUGUUAUGCGAGUUACGAAUUGCACCAUUUUCUCUGUUAACAGAAUGCUUCUUGCUGAGAAAGAUCCUGGUACUGUCUAAAAAAGAAAAGAAAAUGGAAUUACACCUUAUGUGCUGUAAGCGUCUCAUAGCAGGAGGGAAGCUAUUGGGGGGGAUUAAAAAGUUUCUCUCUGAGGUCAUUGCUGUAGCGUAUAUGCAAUUUAGUGCAACACUGAUGUGGUGCGUGUGGUAAAUGCGGAAACGUGAACUGUUGCAAUGUCAUUACCAAAUUCCUUCAAACAGGACCAACAUACUGUUGUUCUUUUCUUGGUUGGCGAAGGACAAACGCGGGUAGACAUUCAUCUGGAAAGUUACGCCAACCCGAGUGAGGCAUUCAAGCACCGGCGCCUUUGGUCCCUUGCAGAAGGCCUUGAAGGGUCAACAAUUCGUGUCAGGCGAGGAUAUGCAGCAGGCUGUCACACAGCACAGGACAGUGUUCUACCAAAUGGGUAUCUUCAACCUGGUUAAUCGGUGGAAUGCUCACGGUUAAUGAUGCCACUUCUUGUCCUCCCUCACGGUUCAGCUCCUACGUUUCUGUAACUCAUCAAAUGAAGUCGUUAUAUAGUGUUACACGGAACACAAUCGGCAGUCUAUAUACAGGCACACUCUAAUCUUGUUGUGUUUAGCAGGAGUUACAUACCCAAGUCCAGCGACUCCUACAAAUUGUAGGAGGGGUGACUGAUAAAGUAGUAUUUUUACUUCAGUUUUGAAUAUUUUGGGAUCUCCAAUUUCAUGUGUGAAUAAAAAAAAAAAGCACACACUUCUGAAGACUAUACAUGGAUGUGUAACCUAUAUGGAAAUUGCUUUUCUUUCUUCCAAUAUUGUCCUUAGAAAUUUUGUAGUUCAUCCUAAGUUCCUUCUCAUUAACCACCACAGAAGCCAUUUGGGGGCGUAAAUGCAUUGAAAUGUAAGUGUAGGAAUCGUGGAUCCCUAUAGAAACUUCUAGAGGUGUUUAGCUAUUGUAUUUACAUGAUAUUCUUGCUACACACUUUUGUAGAGUAAAUACUAUUCCUUUGCCCCAGAUUAUAUGACAGGCCAGCAUUGACUGAAAGUAUGCUGGCAAACCUCUCUGCAGGCUGAAACAAUGAGACAUAUUUCUGAGUCCAAAGCAGGCAGAACCGAUCUUUCUGCUUAAUUUAUCCGUGUGCUGGUGCCACUUUGAUUGUACCUACAAACAUUGUGCAGAGAGAUUCUUUUGUGCGUGCCCAUUCAUCUUUACCUCUGGCAAGUCAAUUUCAUUUAUUUGCAGUUUUGUGAUGCAAGUGUGAGUGAAUCUGUCUGCUGUGAACUGCCUUUGUCAGUGUACUUGGCUCAUCAUUUUGUAUGUUCUUACUCACAGUUGGGAGUGCGGCCAUAAUACUACCACCUAUAGUCAACCCCUGUUAGAGGGCCCUUCCUAGACCAAAAUGUAAAAUGUGUAACUGUAACUAAUAGAUUUGUGUGUCUAGUCUGUAGAUAUAGUCUGCAUGCAAUUAUAAAAAUACAGUAAAAAAUUAUACAGUAUUUUAAGAUCUUGGUGUGAAAAUGUUUUUAAAUGAGUAAAAUUGCAUAGUUAUCAUUAUUUCCAUUAAAGUUCCCAUGUUAUUGGUCACUACAGAUACAAAGUAGAAAACAAAUAUUGUUGCUUUAUAAGUGAAAAUAUUAUAUUCUACAGCUGUCCUUCUACGAAAAUAAUUACUUGAGAAGCAGUGGAUGUUAUUGGCAACAGAAAGGAAAUUUCAUUAUUUGUUCAAGGUUAUAAUUCCAUACCAGUUUUAUGUAUACUUUUUUUUCAUUUCAUUGGCAUCAUUCACUUUCUUGUUCUGUAAUAUGUUGACAACAGAAUGUAAAAUGCUUGUGGUAAACCCUUACACUGCAGUUUGUUUCAUUUGGCAUUGUCUACAGAUUGAAAUGCAGCAGUAUUAUCUUCAGUUAUUUUGUUACAGAUGUCGCAAAAGUGCAAGUUAUACAUUUAACAUCAAUGUAUAAGAUUAGCCGCUUCUGUCAGUAGCAAUUAUAAAGCUGUAUGGCUCUGUCAACUUAGUUUCUGUCAUCAGUAAAAGUUUAGAGUACUACCAUCAAGUUUUAAAAAAAUAUAAUUACAUAUAAUGUAACUAAUAAUGUAAUAAAGAGACUGCAAGGUAUCAUCAAAAAUCUCAAUGUCAUUUGUAUUCAUUUUAACAUUUAAAGCUUGUGAAAACUGAAUUUGUUUGUCCACUGUAAGGAUUCAUUGGAAGAAAAUAAAGUUCUAUCAACUUA